CGCCGGCUUCGAGCAUCUCUGGCGGGGCCGGCUGCGGUUCCCGGGGCCGCGGCUCCAGCGGACACGGCCGGCCGGCCCGCAUCAUGGCGAGCUCCGGAGAGGACAUAUCCAGUGACGAGGACGCGGCCGGGGUGGCCAGCGGCACCCACCUGCUGGGCUUCUCGGACGAGAUCCUGCUGCACAUCCUGAGCCACGUCCCCAGCACAGACCUGAUCCUGAACGUGCGGCGCACCUGCCGGAAGCUGGCGGCCCUGUGCCUGGACAAGAGCCUCGUGCACACCGUGCAGCUGCAGAAGGACUAUCAGGCGAGCCAGGACAAGGUGAGGCAGCUGGUGAAGGAGAUCGGCCGGGAGAUCCAGCAGCUGAACAUGGCCGGCUGCUACUGGCUGUCGGGCGCCACCAUCGAGCAGGUGGCGCGCUGCCACAGCCUGGUGAAGGUGAACCUCUCGGGCUGCCACCUCACCUCCCUGCGCCUCUCCAAGAUGCUCUCGGCCCUGCCACACCUGCGCUCGCUGGCCAUCGACGUGAGCCCCGGCUUCGACGCCAGCCAGCUGAGCGGCGAGUGCAAGGCCACGCUGAGCCGCGUGCGGGAGCUCAAGCAGACGCUGUUCACGCCCUCCUACGGCGUGGUGCCCUGCUGCACCAGCCUGGAGCGCCUGCUGCUCUACUUCGAGAUCCUGGACCGCACGCGCGAGGGCGCCGUCCUCUCGGGCCAGCUCAUGGUGGGCCAGAGCAACGUGCCCCACUACCAGAACCUGCGCGUCUUCUACGCCCGCCUGGCCCCGGGCUACAUCAACCAGGAGGUGGUGCGGCUCUACCUGGCCGUGCUCAGCGACCGCACGCCGGAGAACCUGCACGCCUUCCUCAUCUCCGUGCCGGGCAGCUUCGCCGAGAGCGGGGCCACCAAGAACCUGCUGGACUCCAUGGCCCGCAACGUCACGCUGGACGCCCUGCAGCUGCCCAAGUCCUGGCUCAACGGCUCGUCGCUCCUGCAGAACCUGCGCUUCCACAACCCCCUCUACUUCAGCUUCAGCCGCUGCACGCUGUCCGGCGGCCACCUCCUCCAGCGGGUCAUCAACAGUGGGCGGGACCUGCGCAGCCUGGCCAGCCUCAACCUCAGCGGCUGCAUCCACUGCCUGUCCCCCGACUCCCUGCUGCGCAAGGCGGACGACGACAUCGACAGCGGCAUCCUGGAGACGCUGGUGGCCGCCUGCUGCAACCUGCGGCACCUCAACCUCUCCGCCGCCCACCACCACAGCUCCGAGGGCCUGGGCAGGCACCUCUGCCAGCUCCUGGCCCGGCUGCGCCACCUGCGCUCCCUCUCCCUGCCCGUGUGCUCCGUGGCCGACGCGGCGCCGCGGGCUGACCGCGCGCCCGCCCCGCCCGCCAUGCACGCCGUGGCCCGCGGCUUUGGCAAGAAGGUGCGCAUCGGCGUGCAGACCUGUCCCAGCCCCUGCUCGGGCCACGCGGCGCCCCCGCCGUGCUCCGUGUUCUGGUCUCUGCUGAAGAACCUGCGCUUCCUGGAGCAGCUCGAGCUGAUCGGGUCCAACUUCUCCUCGGCCAUGCCGCGCAACGAGCCCGCCAUCCGCAACUCCCUCCCGCCCUGCAGCCGGGCGCAGAGCGUCGGGGACUCGGAGGUGGCCGCCAUCGGCCAGCUGGCCUUCCUGCGGCACCUGACGUUGGCCCAGCUGCCCAGCAUCCUGACGGGCUCCGGGCUGGUGAACAUCGGCCUGCAGUGCCAGCAGCUGCAGUCCCUGUCGCUGGCCAACCUGGGCCUGCUGGGGAAGGUGGUCUACAUGCCCGCCCUCUCGGACAUGCUGAAGCACUGCAAGCGGCUGAGGGACCUCAGGCUGGAGCAGCCGUACUUCAGCGCCAACGCACAGUUCUUCCAGGCGCUGAGCCAGUGCCCGUCGCUGCAGCGCCUCUGCCUGGUGUCCCGCAGCGGCACCCUGCAGCCCGACGCCGUGCUGGCCUUCAUGGCGCGCUCCCUGCACAUGGUCGUGUGCCACCUGUUCACCGGGGAGUCCCUGGCCACCUGCAAGAGCCUGCAGCAGUCCCUCCUCCGCAGCUUCCAGGCCGAGCGCCCCGCGCUGAACGUCGUCAUCUUCCCUCUGCUGCACGAGGGCCUCACGGACGUCAUCCGGGACGUGCCCAUGGUGCACCUGGACGAGAUCACCUUGUUCAAGAGCAGAGUGGCCGAGGAGCCGCCCAACCUGUGGUGGUGAGCGUGGGGACUGGCGCGGCCAGCACCCGGAGGCCCGCGGUCGGCCUCGGGAGAAGAAAGCAUGUCUGCCAGCCCCUGCCUCCUGGGCUUUCUCAGCCAGGACUCGGUGCCCAGACAGGAGGGCAGGGGCCAUGGCCGGCGGCCAGGCUGACCCACGGGGCCAAGGCUCGGACGAUGGCCUGGGACCAUGCUUGAGUCCGGGGACCCAACGCUGGCACCCCUUGGCCCCAGCCCCCUCGUGCUGCUCCUGUCGCCAGCCAUGGGGCUCCGGGGUGGCCGUGCCAGGUGUGGCUCUCCCUGCUGAGAGCUGUGUGUCUGCUUCCACCCACCAAGACACGUUUUUAACCCAGCUUUAUCCCGGACUUCUGCCAGGUGGCGUGUGUGGCCCAGCAGGGACCCUAGGGCGGUGUGCAUUGUCUGAGCUGGGCUGAUGGGGGCCGAGGGGAGACUGACUCAGCCCCCACCUCCCCGGAACACUUAGAGCAGAGCCCCUCCCGCACCUGACACUCACCCACCUUUCCCCUGCGAGGUCCCCUGGAGCUGGUGUCCUGGGCGCCUGUGGCAGGCUUUCCACCUGGACGCCUGCCCAAGCCCCCUCACUGCUGGGACCCUGGCCGGCCAUGGGCAUCUUCCCAGGGGAGAAGCCCCAGCGCCCUCAGUUGUCACAGGGCCCCGAUGGCUGCCGCCUACUCUGCCAUCACAGAUCCAGCCUGCCCUCCUCCAGAUCGGCUGUAGUCACCUCGCUGGUCAAGACCGGACACUGUCCCCAGGCAUCGGGCCCUGCCCUCCCCUGGGCUCCGGAGGCCCCUGUGGAGCGUGUGGGCAGGUCUGCGGGAGACCGGACACUGUCCCCAGGCAUCGGGCCCUGCCCUCCCCUGGGCUCCGGAGGCCCCUGUGGAGUGUGUGGGCAGGUCUGCGGGAGACCGGACACUGUCCCCAGGCAUCGGGCCCUGCCCUCCCCUGGGCUCUGGAGACCCCUGUGGAGCGUGUGGGCAGGUCUGCGGGAGACCGGACACUGUCCCCAGGCAUCGGGCCCUGCCCUCCCCUGGGCUCUGGAGACCCCUGUGGAGCGUGUGGGCAGGCCUGCGGGAGACCGGACACUGUCCCCAGGCAUCGGGCCCUGCCCUCCCCUGGGCUCUGGAGACCCCUGUGGAGCGUGUGGGCAGGCCUGCGGGAGACCGGACACUGUCCCCAGGCAUUGGGCCCUGCCCUCCCCUGGGCUCCGGAGGCCCUGUGGUGCGUGUGUGCAGGUCUGCGGGGAAGCCGCCCCUGCUUGUCUGGCGUGAGGGCGUCGGUGCCUCCUCUUGGAGCAUGGGGCACCCUCCCUGCCACGGGCUGCAGCAGCCAGAAGGGCCUUGGCAGGGGGCCCGGGGGGGCAGACUGAUCCCAGGGAACGCCCGUGUCCGAGGGGUCGCAUCUCCCGCUGUGCCUACGGCCCUGCUGGAGCCGACAGGUGUGGGAGCCCCGCCCCCUGCAGCUGUAACCGCUGCUGUAGAGCUUUGCGUGGCCCCUGGAGUCCACCAGCAAGGGUGACGCGAGUGGGCGGUAUGGGCUGCCCGGGAGUGGCCGCCUCCUGUCCUCGCAGUGGGAGAACGGCCGGCCACAGCCUCACGGGGCUGCAGCCCAGGAGGGAGGCAGUGGCCUGGGAGAUCCAGGACCGGGGGAGGGGGUCCCUGUGGCCUGGGGGCCGUGGUGCCUGUGUCCCCUUCCCACAGAGCAGCCCAGCUCAGGCGGAGAGCCGUGUUCCCUGCGGGAACCAGCGGGAGAGGCCGCAGCCGUGUCUGGUCUCACCUGCACAGCCACCAUCGUAACCAGCGGGGUCACCCCCCACCGGGGACUGUGCGUCUGCAGUGCCCCCGCCACAGUCCUUGGCCUGGAGCAGCCGCCCGCGCCCGAGGCAGGCUCAGCAGAUGCUGACGACGGGCCUGUUCGCGCUAAGUGCUGUUUUGGCACUGGUGUUGAUUGCAAUUUCUGUUCUGCGGCGUUUUACGCUGGGAAAAGAACCCCCUGUAACGGCUCCCAGUUGGCAGGGCCGGGCCGUUAGGCGGCGGACCGUAUGCUGCCUGCCGAAAGGCGCGGCCGGAGCACACGUGUGUGUCUGCGCGUGCGCCCACGUGCAGGCGUGUGCUUGCGUGUGCAGGCCGGUGAGUGUGCAUCUGCCGUGUGUGAGCCUGGGGAGAGGGAGCAGAUCGGAGCUUUCAUCUCCGAUCCCUUUGUUCUCGCGAAGAGAGAGGCCCCGCUCAGACCCCGCUGCUCACGCCUCCCGGGCUCCGUGGGCCCCGCCUGCUCCUGGAGGUGUCCCUGGGAGGGAGCGGAGGAAAGGACCCUGCGGGCCCUGAGCGUCCCGUCUCUUCUCAUUUUCACGGACAAAGGGAUUAUGUCAUCCGGUGGCAGUGCUGGCCUUCGGAGGCCUUGGGACUCAGCCAUGGGCCCCUGCCUGGGGUGCCUGUGGGUCUGCUGCUGCCUCCCUCCCAGCCAGCUCUGUGUGGGGCCCCAGGCCACCUGGAGGGGCGCUGACGGGGCCCGGGACCAGGGGCCUCAUGACAGGGGAGGGCCUGGGCCCAGCAUCCCCCGCUGUGGGUUGUGUGGCUGGGGAAGUCACCCUUGCAGGACUCCCAGCCAGCGGCCUGGGGCGGCCUUUCCCUCUUCCCUUCCUUGUCGUUUGUUCCUUUUAGAACCGAAAGUUGCCGAGGCCCGGUGAGUUCAUGAGCAAGGUGGGCAGUACAGUGUGGCCGUGGGACCCAGGCGGCAGGUGCCUUCCAAGGGUGUCCUCGCUGGCUGUGCCUGUGCCCCAGCGGGGGCAGCUCUGUGUGGAGGUGUGGGGUUCCUGAGAGUGUCCAGGACCCGCCUGGCCUGCUGGACAGACGUCCCCCCAGGGCCCCGGCUGCCAUUCUGUCCCUUCCUGAAGCUCUUGGAGGGCGGGGCCAGACAGACACCCCAGGGGCGGGGCCUGGACCAUGAAGCUGACCCAGAGCAGUUACCCGGCUGUGCCAUCACGGAGCCAGGCCCGGGUGUGGAGGCUGCGGCUGCUGGUGAUGGGGUUGUAUCCAUGGGUCUCGAGUGUGGGAGGGAGGGGUGAUGGGCAGGCGACCAUCGCCCUGUAGCUGUGGUGUCUCCCCCUGCCACCGGCUGCUGAACCCACCAGGCUGAGCGUGGUCCUGGGGGCCCAGGUGGGGAGUCCGGGGUCUUGCCAUUCCUUGUGACCAGGUGCUAAACGACCAUCCCCACCAGCGUCAGGCCGCGUGCACAUGUGUCUCGAUGAUGUGGCGAGCGCCAUGCUGGGGGGAGGUCUCUUCAUGUGGAUCUGUGGCAUGUGGAAAAUUCCAAAUAAAACGGACUUGAGCCA